UGAAUGCUUGUUGACAUAAGGGAUUUACUGAAGAAGAAAGACAAAAUGCCUUUCAAAGGGCUCAGUUCACUGAAAGAAAGAUUUUUUAACCCAGGAAAGGAAGAGGUGAAGAACACCAUUAGUGACUCGCUGGGGAAUCUGAGAAGGAAAAUCGAUGGCAUCAAUGUAGAGGAGGAUCACAUUGAGCUGACAGAAGAGGGACGGCCCGUGCAGGCAAGCACCCGCAAGCCAGCGCUGUGUGAAUGCUAUUGCUGUGGGCUACCCAAGCGCUACAUCAUCGCCAUAAUGAGCGGUCUGGGCUUUUGCAUCUCUUUCGGAAUUAGGUGCAACCUGGGUGUUGCCAUUGUGGAAAUGGUGAACAAUAGCACCGUUUAUGUCAAUGGGAAACCAGAGCUGCAGACAGCCCAAUUCAACUGGGAUCCAGAGACCGUGGGACUCAUUCAUGGCUCUUUUUUCUGGGGUUACAUUGUGACACAAAUUCCAGGAGGGUUCAUUGCAAACAAACUGGCUGCUAACAGGGUAUUUGGAGCAGCUAUCUUUCUAACAUCUACAUUGAACAUGAUCAUCCCUUCUGCAGCAAGAGUGCAUUAUGGCUGUGUGAUGUUUGUCAGGAUUCUUCAAGGUCUGGUGGAGGGUGUCACCUACCCAGCCUGCCAUGGGAUGUGGAGUAAAUGGGCUCCGCCGCUGGAGAGGAGCAGGUUGGCUACCACAUCAUUCUGUGGGUCUUAUGCAGGUGCAGUGGUUGCCAUGCCACUGGCGGGUGUGCUGGUACAGUAUAUAGGAUGGUCAUCUGUCUUCUAUAUUUAUGGAAUGUUUGGGAUUGUUUGGUACAUGUUCUGGUUGCUUCAUGCCUAUGAGAGUCCUGCUGCACAUCCAACAAUAAGCAACGAAGAAAGAAUAUAUAUAGAAACAAGUAUAGGAGAAGGAGCUAGCCUGGCUAAUGCAAGUAAAUUUAGUACUCCGUGGAAGAGAUUUUUCACUUCAAUGCCAGUUUAUGCAAUCAUUGUGGCAAACUUCUGCAGAAGCUGGACCUUCUAUUUGCUCCUUAUAAGUCAGCCUGCUUACUUUGAAGAAGUCUUUGGAUUUGCAAUAAGCAAGGUUGGCCUUUUGUCAGCAGUUCCUCACAUGGUCAUGACAAUCAUCGUACCCAUCGGAGGGCAGCUAGCUGACUUCCUACGGAGCAGGAAGAUCUUAACCACCACCACUGUAAGGAAGGUCAUGAACUGUGGAGGCUUUGGGAUGGAAGCAACCUUACUUUUGGUGGUUGGUUACUCUCAUACAAAAGGAGUGGCCAUUUCCUUUCUGGUGUUAGCAGUAGGCUUCAGUGGCUUUGCCAUUUCAGGAUUCAACGUGAAUCACUUGGACAUAGCCCCACGUUAUGCCAGCAUUCUGAUGGGGAUCUCCAACGGCGUGGGGACACUGUCAGGAAUGGUGUGUCCACUCAUUGUUGGUGCAAUGACAAAACAUAAGACUCGUGAAGAAUGGCAGAACGUCUUUCUGAUCGCAGCCCUGGUGCAUUACAGUGGUGUGAUAUUCUAUGCCAUCUUUGCUUCUGGGGAGAAGCAGGAAUGGGCUGACCCUGAAAACCUCAAUGAAGAGAAAUGUGGCAUAAUUGAUCAGGAUGAACUGGCUGAAGAAACAGAGAUGAACAAUGAAACUUUUGUAAGUCCAAAGAAAAUGUAUGGUGCUACCAGUCAAAAUAGUGAAGUACAGAGAAGGGAAUGGAGGAAGCAAAAGCAAGUAACUCAAGACACAGAAGAACAGACUUCAUACUAUUAUGAAAAUGGAAAUUUUCAAGAUUUGUCUUAAUAUUUAAAACUGUAAGAUUUGUAUAGCAUCUACUCCCUUGACCCCUUCUGCCUAGCCACCCCAAACCAUCAGGUAUCCAUGUUUAUUCUCUUAUUCCAUUAUGUAGCAUCUGGCCGUUGGCCAGAUUCAAGGGGUGAUAGUUCCCUCCUAAUAUUGUGGAAGAGGGCUCAUGACAAAGCGACUGGGAGAAAUGACACUAAAUCCUCUCCCAGCCAUCAUAUGCCCUUGGAAGCAUUUCUGUGCCCAUUAGAUGACCAGCCAGCAGGGCUCCUGCCUGAUACAAGCUGUAAGACUGACUGUAGGAGCAAGGAGUUCCCUCAUCUUCUCAUCUGAACAGAGAAAGGACGAUUCAUAUCCGAUGGAUCCACAGUGAUCUGUGUAAUCACUGGGGCUCCAGUGGUGUGACAGUCUGCUGUGAGUGACCCUGCUUUGCCUUUUUAGGAUUCCUCUAGAUUGAUACUUAAAAUGCUUAUUCCAUGUCAAAACAUGAGCUCAUGCUAAAAGAUCAGAGUAGAGUGAAAAGCAAAUUUAUAACUGUAGGCUGUAAUUAAUUACUAGUGGUCACUCAACAAAAGGGAGUGGAAUAUGUAGCAAAAGUGGCAUAGUGUUGCUUCAAUAGUUCAUUCAAAUUGAUUGACAAUCUUCUUUAUAUGCACAGCCCACAAAGUCUGGAUAAGGCAAAUAAAAUUUCACACCCUGCAAAGAUUUUGUGCUGGCAUGAAAUAAUUUUGAAUACAAAAUCAUCAUUAGUGAUGCAAUAUUAUUACUCCUUAUGAAAGGAAAUCUUAGUCCUGUUUGGACUAGGAUUCUCAUUCAAUUCAUUGUUGUGAAGUAAUUUAAAUAUAUUUUUCUAGUAAUAUACUGAUAGAGUUCCUGGUCUCAACACCAACAGUCUUCAUUUAGGUGAAUCAGCUUCCUUACAGGAGUAGUCUUUAGUUCUGGGUCUGUAACUUUUCAAUGCCUCAGUCUUGUUUUUGUUACAAAUGAAGCACUGUACCAUCUGAGAGUUAUGGGGGUACCUAUGUCCAGAAGUAAUUCUCUUUUGCCAUUGAUAUAUGUUUGACAGUAUAAAGUGGCUUUAGCCUUUUUCUACCAUUUUUAGAAUCAACUAGUGGAGCAUGCUCUGUCAUCUCAAACAGUUAGCUGCAGCUCAGAGACUCAUUAUGACAUCGAUACUCUUUCAGAACGGAUAAUUUCAGUAAGCUGUGUUUUAAUUUGUCUCUCAUUAUGACUACUGCCUCAUUAAACUCAAGUGAUGUCUAGCCUAUGCUGUGCUUUGUGAUGUUUCAGUGUUAUUGUUCUCAUGUACCAUAUAUAGCCACUGUGAUGCACAUGAGUUUUGAACAUUUCUCAGAAGCAUUUUUUUUUUUUUUUUUUGAAGUGCAAUUGAAUACCAGGAGUGAAAUUACACUUGUACAUUUGUUUGAAUCCACAGAAGAUUUAUCUUCCCUACAAAUGUAAUUAAAAAGGGAGACUGGAAAGUUAGUUGAUUUUCCGUUCAUGUCUCGUUUCUUUUCAACCCAGAAAAAUCCAGUCUACAACUGUGUAUAAAUAAGAUGGAAAGUGAGUCGAAUGGAUGCAUACCAAAUUUGACUUCAGUGAAGACUUUUCAGUUGGUAUGAGCAGAUAAUUUAAUGAUAGGGGUAUUUUUAUGGUACAGCUCAAUCCCACUCUGACAAAAAUGCAGUUUAUUAA